AUGCCAUCACUUGGCCGUAAACAGUUCAAGCCAUCACCAUGUCCAACUGAUCUGAAACCUGAUGAUAAAGUAUUUCAUCUUCCACUCACCAAUGAAAUUUUUACAUCAUAUGACGAUUUCUUCCAGCGGCAAAUUGCUCUCAGUUCGAUGGUUUGGACAUGUUCGGUAACCGGUAAGACGGGGUUGACGUUUGAAGAAGCCCUUGAUUCUGAAAAAAAUGCGCAGGAAACGCUGAAAACUUAUCCGCCAUCCUUUGCAAGACCUAUUCUUUAUCUUGUAUACAAAUUAUCAUGUCGUGGACGAAUCGAGGAUUUGGUGAACGAUAUUUAUUUUUUUGUUAAAGAUCACUUUUUGCUGGGCGAAGAGGUUACGUACAGUAGUGGACGUGGUCGAAAAGAUGUUAUAAUAAGAAAAGUGACCUACAUUGAUAUGGAAAAUGAUGUGACAAAUCAAUACAGUGAUGUGAAGAAACCUGCUAUUUUUGUGAAAAGGGGAGAGCUACUAAUACCACCAGCAGAACGUUAUAUGUACGACGUCCUAAUAUUAGACGAGCAUAAAGGGGAUGCUGGCAAUAAAGUGCGCGAACGAGUCAGUCAUCAAGAUCUACUGCGAAGUAAAUCUUUAUGGGCUCGGAAUAUGAUACGUGUAUUCUUGAAAAAUUCUUGUACGACGGAUCAUGAGCGUCUAACAGUAAAAAAGGAACUGCUGGAGAAUUUUCAGUUAGAAAAUAUGUCUUGGAAUGAGGUGUUUGCUGGACCGAUUGCGCAGUUUCCGCGGACACCGUUAAUGCACCGUGGCCCAAAUAAAGGAGUUUCCCGUCCACCUCGCAAUCAUCUAAAUGGCCAUCCUAGUGAUGAUCCCGAUGCUCAAUCAACAUCGGACGUCGAAUUUGUCGAUAUUAUUGAAAAAGAUAAGCUACAUGCGCGGUCUAGAAAGGCAUCUCUAGAGAAGGAUAAAAAGGAAAACGACAAGAAAGGAGAGAGUGGCAAGAAGAAGAAGAAAGCGAUUGCUCAUCAGCAGGAAGAAUUGGAAAGUCUUUUUGAACAAGCACGAAAAGUAAAUAUCAAAGAUCUUUCCCAUUGGGAACAAGAUGAGCGUCUGUUAUCUGAAACUGAGAUUGUUGAAUUAAAACAAUUAAUCCGACAAACAAAAGAAAAGGAACGUGAAGAAAAACGCCUGAAUAAACAACGGGCGAAAGAAAUAUUAUUGGAGUGGAGAAAACCAAGAGAUGAUAUUCUUUGUGACGACCUUCAACCCUUACCUGAAUUGUCACCUCUUCUGCUUCCUCUCUGGAUGUCGGACGACGAUUUCGGCGACUAUUUAUACAUUUUUGAAUUUUUCCAAAGUUUUGCAGAGUUGCUGCCUAUUAAAGAAAUCCGUGGCACUAAUCAGGUCAAGUUUGGUGAAAUUAUAUCAGCCGUAAGAAGUCAAACUCCAGAACAAGACAGUUUAUUUGUUCAGUUGAUGCAUAUUUUGUUGAAAGCCAAAACUGAACGAGCUGACGAAGAAGAUGGUGAUGAAGCUAACUUGAGCAAUAAAGAAGAAAUACCAUUAGAUGCAAAUGACAUCGAUCACAAGAUAUAUGGUCCGGAAAUUCGUCAAGCGACAAUUCUUCAUGAGAAUAUUCGACUUACACAUGGCAAGUACGCACGACAUUUGCCGAUCGAUUGGAUGACUUUAACGGAGGUAGUGCGAUUAUCGUUGAUGACAUCAGGAUAUUAUACUGGAGCUCCUACACAUCGGUUUCGAUUAUUUUCAAGAGGAGCUGUUCGUUGUUAUGAAGAUGAAGGGUUUUUAUUUACCAAAGAAAAUCCUCAGACUAUGAAUAUUCUGGAAAAGAAGUCGGUAUUUGAUCUCCAGCCCUAUGAACGCAUGGCAUUGUUCAAAGUAGUGAUACAGCAGUUACUUAGUUAUCAUAAAUUUCGUUCAACAUCUGAUGAACGUAUUAUUUCGCUGCUUGAUGUACGCAAAGAGCUGAAAAAUCUUCGAAAUUUUGAUGCAGCGCAGGAAAAGGAAGCAAGAGAAGCUUCCUUAGUUCGAGAAUAUGAAACGGAGCAAUUAGAGGAACUUGGUGAAGCAGCUAGAGCAGAUUUUGUUAAAAAAGAGGAACCGUCUAAAGAAACAAUAACGUUAAUUAAUUUUGUGAAAGGCGGGACUUUUGUUGGAAGAAGGGAGGAGAGAUUGAGGGAAGUCGAACAGAUACUCAUGAAAGGAGUUUCGUAUGCUCAAAUGGAAGCCGACGAAAUAAAGAAAGUUCGUUCAUUGCAAGUGGAACAUAUAACUGCCGCAGAAAAUGAUUUAUUGAAACUGAUUUACAAAAUACAAAGCCGCGUUGGUUGGCAUUGCCUUGGCCGUGAUCGUGGGUUUCGUACAUAUUGGUACUUCAGUUCACUGUCUUUGCUUUUGGUGGAAAAUACUAAUUCGACGGACGAACGAGGUCCUUGUCUUGGGCCAACACCAUUGGAUAAGGUUGAUGAGAAAUAUCGUCAGUCAUAUGAGAGUGAUGACGAGUUGCGGAAAGGCCUGUUGAGCUGUACAGCCACUGAAGAUUGUCCAGUUCAUGGCAAGUUCCGCCGUCCUCGAUGGCAGUUAGUCAAAAGCAUGGAUAUUCUUAAUGAAAUUGAAUCGGCGUGUAACAAUCGUGGCUUUCGGGAGUCUGAACUUUUAGAAAACUUAAAAUUCUUUGGUCCUUUACUGAAAAGUAUACUUAGUCGGUGCUCAGACAAGAUCAUUUCCGGUGAAAUUUAUGCUGAUCUUUCAUUAACGAAUGUUGACUUGGCAGAUACUUCUGUCAUAUUUGACUGGAAUCGUGAAUUUAUUGAUUUGCUUCUAGAUUUGGAAGAAAAGGUUGAGCAAGGAUGCAUCGGUCAUUUAGCUAUCAGUGAUAUUAAUCGCAGGGAAGAAUGGCGUGAGUCACUACUUCAGAAACGCAAUGUUACUUCUUUUGUUGAAAGUGACGUGGAAGUUUUUGGCGAAACAGUGUUCACUGCUGAUGAAGUAAAGUCGCUAAGUGAACUGGAACAUUUGGCUGUGGCAUUUUUACAAAUUGUUCAGGGAAUUAAUCUGAAGUUUUUACGGCUUCCUUUUGCUACGGCUUCUUCGAAAGAAAAAGAUUGUGCGAAUAUUCCUACCACUACCUUUGAUCAAUGGCAAAAAUCCUUAUUGAAGUGCUGCUCGAUAUCAGCUUUAUCACUGUAUUACACAACUUUAGAAUCUUCCAUUCUCUGGACAAGAAGUCGGCUUCAGGCAAGAUGUCGAAAGUGUCGUAAGAAGGGUGAAACUGAAAAACUGUGUAUGUGUGCGCGUUGUGAUCGAUGUUAUCACAUUGAUUGUGCUAAGCCAAAAAUUAAGGAUCCAAAUGGUUGGAUGUGCUCUGAUUGUAAAGCUUUAGUAAAAGCGCAGGAAGCUGAAGAGAAGUGGAAGAGAGAGCAGGCGAUGAAAAAGGAAGAAGAGGAGCAGAGUUAUGGCCGAGGAAGCGAUGAUGCCUGUGAUACAUCUGCAGAUGAAUCUACCGAACAGCCAUUUGUUGAAGAAGAAUUCGAGCUUCCAUCAGAUAUGCUGAAAACUUCAAGUGGACGUAUUGUAAAGAAGGUAGCUUAUGCGGAUGAAUCAUUCGAAGAAAUAAGGAGGAAUGUGCGGAGGAAAAAUCUUGCCGAUGGUGAAAGUGAUGAGGGCGGUAGCACUAGUGAAAGUGAAUAUUCAUAUACAAAACGAAAACGGUCCAAUAGAAGUGGCGAACGGGCCCUGGGGAACGCAACGAUGAGUUUGCGUGAGUCAGAUAGUAGAAUACGAAAUACAUUGCGUACUUUUGAAUUAUUAAUAAGUGAAGCAAUGCGACAGCAAACUGCGUGGCCUUUUUUAAAACCAGUAGAUGCCAAGGCUGUGCCCGACUACUACCAGAUUAUCAAGAGGCCAAUGGAUUUAAGUACAAUAAUGAAUAAACUAAAGCAACGACUAUACGAUACGCCCGAGCAAGUAAUAGCGGAUGCACGAUUGAUUUUUGAGAAUUGUCGUAUUUAUAACGAGGAAGAAUCGGAAAUUUGUAGGUGUGCAAGCAAUCUGGAAGAGUUUAUGGAAGAAGGAUUUAGUAAAGCAUUAGAGACAAAUGCAGUUCGAACGUGA